CCCGACGGAUCACCGAGAGGGUGCAACGCGUUCCGCCGACCUGCUCGAUACUCGGACGAGUCCUUCGCCACGUGACCACUAUCAGAAGGCACGUCGAGUCGAGAACGUUUCGAUCGAGUCUGCCCGACUGGAGAUUCUAAAAAGGGGUCUUCGCGACCAAGAUCCCCUCGAUAAGAAACCUCUCCGUGUGCUCUGAAAUUGAGCAUCUCGCGGGUAGACAGAGGUAGAUCACGUGACUAUGAUAAGACAGAGCGAGAGGACUGUUGAGCCCGCGAGAUCGGUCGCAAGAUCCUGAAGUGCAUCCUGAGUUGCGCGGUCGCCUCCCCGCGCGGUAGAACACGUGAUUCCUGUAGGGUGGUGUAACCUCGAGGUCAUCGUGAAUGGUGCUGAAAGGUGGUGACCGUGUUUCCUAAGGGCGGUUCGUGAUGUUUUGCUGCCGGGGGAGAUUUUAGGUAUACGGAUUAUCGGGGAUAGAAUACGUUCUAAUAAGGCAUGCUAUGCGUCAGAGCACCGGAAACGGAGGUACGCGCAGGAGAUGACGGGGUUAAGUAGAUAAAGGGAGCAGCCUGGCCGCCAUUCGACGACGGACGAUUCCCUCGGCUCCUCUCUUUCUCACCGCAGCGCACAAUGCUCUGCCAUCGCGCUCUUGUCAUUCUCUUCGCUGUCAACGUGCCAAUCGUGACGGGGCUAGAGCCAGACUUUGCUUACCCGCUGGAGAACGUAACGAUCCCGCAGGGUCGAGACGCUACCUUCACCUGCGUGGUGAACAACCUCGGUGGAUACCGGGUGAGUUCUUCCUCCUCCGCGAGCGGAGAUCACUCCGGCAGCUUCAAGCGGGUGGCGUGGAUCAAAGCGGACACCAAGGCGAUCCUAGCGAUUCACGAGCACGUGAUCACGAACAAUGCCCGCCUGUCGGUGACCCACAGUGACUACAACACGUGGACGCUGAACAUUCGCGGGGCGCAUCGGGAAGACCGCGGAAUUUACAUGUGCCAGAUCAACACGGACCCCAUGAAGAGCCAGAGCGCGUUUUUGGAGGUGGUAAUACCGCCAGACAUCAUCUCGGAGGAGACCUCGAACGACCUGAUGGUUCCCGAGGGAGGCUCCGCGAAGCUGGUGUGCAAAGCGCGCGGUUAUCCCAAGCCUGAGAUCGCGUGGAAGCGGGAAGACGGCGCCGAAAUCAUUUCGCGAACCACCAACCCUGGCAGCAAGACAAAACAGGCUAUUGCAGAGGGUGAAACGCUGACUUUGUCGAAAGUAACGAGGGGCGAGAUGGGCGCUUACCUGUGCAUCGCCAGCAACGGAGUACCUCCGUCAGUCAGCAAACGGAUGAUGCUACACGUGCACUUUCAUCCGAUGAUCCAAGUACCGAACCAGCUGGUCGGGGCUCCGAUCGGCACCAACGUCACGUUAGUCUGCCACGUGGAAGCGUCACCCAAGGCCAUCAAUUACUGGACUCGACAAUCGGACGAAAUGAUAAUCAACAACACCAGGCACGCGAUGUUCGAAGUGAAGACAUCGGUGUACAGCGUGCAGAUGCGUCUGGUGAUUAUCAAUCUGCAGAAGCACGAUCUGGGUGGCUACAAGUGCAUCUCAAAGAACUCCAUCGGCGAUGCCGAGGGGAACAUCCGACUUUACGACAUGGAGUUGCCGAAGCAUACCAAGAAGAUCGGUGAUCGACGGUCGGACGACGACAUGGAUUCGAUCGGCGAUCGUGAUCACAGACUAAACCACGUGCACCAGGGCUCCCUCAGGGAAACGGGAUCAACCCUGGAACCGGCCUUCGACUCAGAGGACUAUUCGGUGUCGACCACGACGAGGGAGAGCGCGUCGCCCGCGAUGAUCGGCAUCGUCCUGAUCGCGCUGCACCACUUGCUCGCUUCGACGUAAGGUAGACGUUAACUACCUGUCCCUAAGUCCGAACUAUAUUCACCACGAGCUCGAUUCUCUGACCUAAGAAGAUAACGGCGGAAUAGCCCCGCCGAGUCGCGUUCUUGGCGAUUCACGACGACGUUGAUUGCCAUCGACCGAAUUUCGGUAUCAAUACCGUCGAUACCGAUGGAACAAUAAUUAUGGUAUUUUGUAUGGAAGUGAUUAACACGCGCCACGUUGUCGAGAGACACUCCACGUGUAACAAAAUUCACUGAAUCGAAUUCACAGAAAUUGCAAAGCAAAGAUUGCUGUGAACGAACGGAUAAAAUAUGAUGAAAAUCGGUGAUAAAAGAUAUCGCGAAUAGUUGCAUUAAAUUCGAUGGGAAUUUAUUUUUCUGUAGAAGUCAGUCGAUAAAUUCACGUAAAUUUGAUUAUCCAGACCUUUUACCGUCCCAGUUUCAUCCGAGCGAGAAGAUCAUUAAGCUUUCAUGAUUAAUUCGAGACGUGAAAUGACAGAUUAAGAUUACGUAUGCUGAAUUUGCGGAACUCUAGAUAGGAUCGAAAUUCCGCGCGGUAAUUAAAUACCUCGGCCGGUUCGCAUUUUAAUGGAAAAACGUAUUUCAUAAAAUUCUAUUUUAAAAUGCAAAAACAAACGCUAAUAAUAAUAAUAAUAAUGUCCACGUAGAUAUAACAGAAAGCUGGGUGCAUCAAAAGCGUUGAAUUAACAAGCAAUGUUAAAUUAAAUCGUAAUGUAACGUACAUAUGUCACUCAGAAAAAUACCACGUGGUACCCAUGAGAUAGAAAUCAGCCAUCAGCGUGCAGAAAAGUUCGAAAAGACACGAAUGCAGCUCGCAGCUGUUCAUAUUUCGCGACAGCGUAGACUCUACAUGAUCAUUGUUCCGUUUAACGUCCGUGUAAAUUAACAAUCUAACGAAUAUCGAUGAAGGACCGUCAAUGACAGACUGAAGAUCAUGAAAUUCCGCUCGCGUCGUCAUCGCGGACUACAGCUGCAGCGAUUGUUCCCGGUUUCGCGGCUUACGCUUAACGAGAUAUCUCGUUAGCGUUGGCGUCACGCCCGCGCCGGCAUCCGAUGACGUACCUAAUUAUUAAAUCGCCAGUCUUUUUUAAUCCGUGACCAAAAAUGUCAGAUGGUGAUGGGUGAGACGGUUACACGUGGAAUCGAUUACGUCGAAUGUCGCUCACGUCGGAGGAAACACUUCGUCAAGCGACUGCCGCGCGCGAGAAAUCGCGCGUGUUUAAUUAACGCGCGAGUUCCCAUCGAGUGAAUUCGCAUCAGCAACGAUCAAGCAGCACGGGGCUGCUGCAGUGUGUCUAAUCCGGAGCCAAACGAUUUUGCAGGAUCGAGAAGCGAAGUGUGCUGGGUCCUCCGCUCCCGUGCGUGACGCACGUGAUUUCGCAACGCCUCGCGUCCCGGGAAAUCCAAUAUCGCGCUCUUCGAAUUUCUCAGCAAAGACCAGGUGAAGGAACGAAGUAUCUUAAACCCUUAAUAAAUUUAGGUAACUCGGGCGAAUCGAUGUUCGCGAUUCAAUUGCUCUUAAAUUUAAACGAGACAUUCCUUGCUUCUGCCUUUGUAUAUUUUGUAACAUAUGUAUUCGAUCCUUUCUUGAAAAAGAGAUUAACGCAUAUGACGGGACGGUAAUUGGAAAUUUUUCUCAUUAAGAUAUUCACUGCGCGAGCAGUCCUACCGAAAUAUUUUUAUCGACAAUUUCGACAAUAUUAAACGUCCAUCAAUCGAUUCGACGGAGACGUCGCUCUUCUCGAUAUUCCGACAACACGUCAGACAACUAUUUCUAAUAUUUUCGACACGCCGAUGUCUAAUUUUAUUUCCAGUUUUACCCUUCGUUUCUUCUCUCUCUUUUUCUUUCAUUAUUCUAAAGAUAAUGCAUUGCAUUUGAAAGUACAUCAAUUCAGAAUGGUUUACUGUGGCCCAAUCGCUUUUUCUAUUUUUCUAAUGCGAUAAAAAUUUCAGGAUAAAGAAUAAAAUGAAUUUCAUGCAAAAACUGAAAGUAGAAUUUACUAAAACGAUGUUUCGUAAAUAAUGAACUACUGAAUCCAAUAUUCCAGUAUAAAAAUUAUGAGAAUCCUUUGCACGUGAAAAUAUAACAGCGUGAAAUAAUAAUAAUAAUGAAUGAAAUAUUUAUUUGUGUUACAGCAUUAGAAAUAGAUAUUGUCGAGGUUGUUUUCAUUCUAGUUUGCAAACUAUACAAGUAAAAAGAAGAAACUUUUGCAGAAUUAACUUUCUCGUUAUAGAAUUGAGAACACGAUGUCUUGAUAAUUUGCUUCUCACAUUUUAUAUAUUUUGCAUCAAUAUUAGGAUUAUGUAACAAUAAUGAUUCAUAUUUUCAUGCAAAAUUUCGAGAUUCUCGCCAAAAAUGCGACGAUUCGGUUAAAUAAUGUUUGAUAUGCGAUCUUGAUCCAGUCAUAACAAGAUGUGCAGAAUAAAGAAGUUAGAAUAAUUCGUCUCGAUGAAGAAAACGUGCCAAAUAUUUGUCUCUCCUUUCUUCUCUUCUUUAUUUUAAGAAAUUCAUUGAUUUAUCUAAAGCGAUUCAUUAUCGAUAUCGACGUUUUAAUGGUACAUGGCUGUUUUAUCCAAGCUUUCGAGUUCGAUUUUAGAUGAUCGUGUUGUUAUUCCAUUUAGACGACUUUUCUAUAAACGGCACUAAGUGCCGAACUUAAUAACUUUAAGUUAGGAACUUUUGCGAAAUUCUCGGACUUUAAGAAUGUUUAUAUAAAAACGCGACAAAAAGCAACAAAAAAUAAGUCCUAUCCAUCUUUCUGUAUAAAUGUAUAUAAAUUAUUUGAGUUAAUAUUUAUAUUCAUCCACUAGUAAUUAAAUCUUAAGUCUUAUAUAUAGUUGGUUUGUUAAGUAGAUUAAGACUCCCAUAACUUUACUGUAAAUUGCUCUCACGGCACAAAAUGCUAUUACAUUCUCUAGAGAGGACUUUAAAAUCCUAUUUUUCAGUUUUAACAUAAAGGCACUCAGGUCCUUUUACAUAAAAGUCGUCCAGUUAAUGGAUGAAUACUGCCGGUAGACAAAGGAUGCGAUGCUUUAUAACAACACUUUUGCUACCGCUCGUUACGCUAUGGUGUUGUCAUCCGACAUUCGCGUUGUGAAUGGGCGAUUAACGCGUAUGGGGGUUAAAUAUUUUGUACUUGUAGAUAUGAGAAAAGGAACGGCUCGCGAUUUGUCAUCAUAUAAUAAAGCGUUUUUGCAGAAGUGUAAUGACUGACUCUCUUGCUUGUUCAGGUUUCCUUUUUUUACGUGGCAUAAGAUCAAAUAUCACUCUUGCAUUGUUGAUCGUCAUAACAGAUAUAAUUGUGAUACUACAAUUCUUCCUUUUUCAACGUUUAUUUAUUUUCUGUUUGCUCACGAUCAGUAAAAUAUCUUAUAUGAAUGACAAGGAUAAAUUGAAAAUUGUAUUAAUAUUGAAAUCGAAAGUCAGACCAGGUUAUUGCUGUAAAAAUCUCUGAAGAGCAUAUAUACUACAUUUUUAUUAUUCACAUUAGUAAAUGUCACGAAUAUGAGUUUACCAAUACGAGUUAAAAUGCAUGAUUUUCU